AUGUCAUUAGCCUCUAAUACUGCGGCUCACUCUUGCGUCCGGACACUCUGUAGUCCGCGCAUUUACGGUAUUAGAAGCCUUCGUUCUCGUAUAAACCAACAGAGCAGAUGGCAGACGGUCAAUGCAGCCUCCAAUCCUAAAAUCUCAGAUAUUGUUGAUAAAAUCAGUCAACUGACCCUAUUAGAGACGGCUGAUCUGGUAACAAGUUUAAAGACACGGUUAAAUAUUCCUGAUAUGCCUGUAGGUGGGUUUGCUUCUGCUGGGAGCACUACAGUAUCUGUGGCCACGCCAGUCGAGGAGGAAGACGCCGCUCCCGCCCAGCAGGAAAAGACAAUGUUCAAUUUAAAGCUCCAAAGCUUUGACGCAGCAGCAAAGCCCAAGAUAAUCAAGGAAAUUAAAAGCAUGCUGGGAUUAAGCUUAGUGGACAGUAAGAAGUUUGUAGAGAGUGCGCCUAAACUCAUGAAAGAAGGGGUGCCUAAAGAUGAAGCCGAAAAAAUUGUAGCUGCAUUGAAAACAUUGGGUGGUGUGGUUACCAUGGAGUAA